AUGAUUUGGUACCUCCUUUAUCCAUUUAGAGGAACUACGGAACCUCCAGAUCUUGAUCAUAAACAUCCUAUUCGAGACCGAUUUACUCGUUUUGGAUACAAUGUCGCAAAGCAUUCAGUCGCCGCAAUCACUAUCUCUGCUAUCGUCGCAACAUUACUCAUCUACCCCUUCCCAUUCCUGUUCACGAAUGACUUUACAAGUGGCGCAUCAAAUCUACCACACCAUGUCUGGUCUUCAGCGCAACCCCUCAAGGCAUUGGACGAUACCAGGAAACCGGAUGUGGUUAUGCGAUCGAUUUGGGUACAUGGGAGCUAUAUGAAGGCCUUACAAUCAGAUGUUCUCCAAGCAGCAUUGGAGAUACAGGAUAAUAUUUUGGGCCCCACUGUCGACUUUAACCCUCGCAGAGCACUUAACCAAGUCCAGAUUGACGAUACACAGAAUGAAAUGUCAGUAGGUACCCGGGACGCCCUUCACGCAGUCAAUGGUCUAUCAAACUCAUCUUGGUUCUUUCAUUCCCCUCUACAAUAUUGGUCAUGCUCGAAGGAUGCUAUCUCAGCCGAUGACGACAUCAUAAUGACAGUCAACAAAAAUCUACACCAAUCAACCUCGGUCAAUAUUACCCUGAGACAUUCUAUUGUCUUCAGUGGCAAGCGCUUUGAGGACCACCGGUUAGUGGCUGCAGAUGCAUUGGUCAUAACCUUAGCUCACAUGCUGGAUUCCCCAGUCGGGAAAUAUUGGGAACGAAGAGCAGCUCAAUUAGCAGCCAAGGGAUCCGACAAGUGGCGCCUAAUUCCUUCUGAUGGUCGUUCCAUAACAAGCACCCCCUACGAAUUUUUGUUUCAGCCCACUGCCACUUGGGAAUUCCUUGCAUUGGCCGUCGCGUAUGCCAUGGGCGCAUGGUGGUUUGUAGCAACUUUAUGGGGUUUGCGAGCUCUCAAAUCAAGACUGGGUCUUCUCAUUGCCGCCACUACUCAAUUGGCAUUUACAUUUACUUCGACAUUCACAAUCUGCGCUAUUGUCAAAACCGAUCUAUCUAUGAUCCCAAGAGAAUACUACCCUUUAAUUGUGGUUUUUUGCGGUACCGAAAACAUGCUUCAACUUGUCAGAGCUGUUAUCAUCACGCCCUCUUCACAUCACCCGACUCUUAGGUCAGCGGAAGCUUUUGGAAAGAAUGGUCAUAUAUUCCUUGCAAACACAGGCCAAAGACUUUUAUUCUUGUGGAUUGUAUCAAAACUUGGAGGCGAGGGACUGGCUACUUUCUGUCGAUUUGCUACGCUUGCAUUAGUUUUUGAUUUCUUCUAUCUACUAAUGUUCUUUGCUCCUGUCCUAAGCAUUGAUGUGCGAAGGCCUCAACUGAAUGACACGUUGUCGGCUUCUCGGGAACGACGUUAUUCAUCACCAGAGAGACCAUCUCCCAAACCAUGGGUAGAUUUCAUCCUUCAUGGGGGAAGAAUGCCUUCGACUCGUAUGGUCGGUACCUUGGUACUCAUUUUUGCAGUGCUAAUAUGCCAGUGGCACUUCGACGAAGGCAUUUUACAAAGCAGCAAACAUUUAUUGCGCACAGCAUCGACAGCUUCUUCAUCAGUUCUAGAGGUCGACAUUCAUCAAGCUAGAACUCCGACUGCCUGGCUUCGAUUACAAGAUCAUGAAACUGUCCAUGAACUUAUAAGCAUUAUCAAACCGCAUGCUCAUAGUUUUGUUGCUCAAGUUUAUGAUCCUCUAGUUUUUGUAUUGAACGGCUCAGACCGAACUCCAAAUACACUUGGUGUCAGAUCAUUUCUCCCGGCGUUCUAUGACUUUAUCGAAAAUCAGUCCCUCCACUUUCUCUUGUUUGUUUUCAUCACUGGCGUGGCUGUCAAUCAAUUCAUCAAAUAUCUUUUGUCUGAUGAACCAUCUGACGAUGAAAACCACGAAGGUCACGGUGAUGAACCCCUAUUAUCGGUUAAAACAUUUGGCUCUGGUCAUGCUCUGGAUGUUGUCCUAAUGACAGCUUCUCGAGAUGGAAUUAUCGUUUCAGUCGGUCUGGACAGAUGGAUCCGUGUUUGGAAUGCACAGCAUGCUGGCAGGAGUUAUGUAGUUGAAGAUCCCGGAUCCAAUAUUGAUCCAUUUCCUGUUUUAGCCAUGGCCAUCGACAACGAUUCCAACUGGCUCGCGAUACUUUCGAAGAAAAUGGUCGCCUUGUGGAAUAUCCCCGAACGAAGAUGGGGCCCGACAAUGGCCGUAGAUGUCAAAGGACGAACACCAGAGGCUUUUUUCUUCAGCCACAAUGAGGUUGAACUGAUCGAUCCAGUUAUCAUCGUGCGCCAUAAUGGUCUGAUGACAGAACUUCACAUGGAAGAUGAUGUUGCGAAGGAAUUACAGAUAUGUCGCACCCCACUCGUUUGUGUUGAGCCACAUCUAGAGAAAGUCGUUACAAAUGGCUGCGUACCGCCUCCAAAAAUCAUCACUGCAUCAAAACGUGGGUGUGUCCAUGUUGCGGUUCAAGAAACCUCUGGUUGGGUCUCAUAUGAUCUCAGGCUUCCUUGGGUAUCAGACGACAAAGAUGUCAAUUCCAUCCUUCCAUUACCGGCAUUGUCUUCCUUCCUGGCUAUACGCGACCACAGUGUUGAUCUUGUCGACAUUUAUACUCAUAAUGUGACUCAUUCCUUUGUUACUGAGAAUAUCAAGCCUGGAACACUACAAUGUGUUCAUUCGACAAGACGCAGGCCACAAUGUGGUUCGGUCGGGUUGGGUUCAUUUUCAUUUAUGUAUACUUGCAUAGAGACCGGCAAUCUUAUGAUGCAAUCGUAUUUGCCUAGCAGGGAAGGCGAUACUAUAUGCUUCCGCGACCCUGAUAAACCAGGUUCUAAAACAUGCUGUUUAUGGCGCGAGACGGUAGAGCGGAGGUAUAGCAUUGAGAAUCCGGGUGAUUGGCAAGCACUUCAAUCAGGCUAUGUGGUAGGUGUGCGGAAGUUGCAGGAUCAAAACAAACAAGCGACGGGCAAUCAACUUUCGGGAUCUAUUGGAGGUGGUGGGCUUCGACGACGUGGUGUUUCUGACAGGAAAUCCCAUAAUGGCCAUCCGGAAGGAAAAAAUGAUGGCUGGGAGGUUUGGAGUUUGGGAUCGAGGGGGGAUGAGACAUCGGUGCCAUUAAAUUCAGUAUACGAUCAGGUCUUGCUCGUUGGUAAACUUGGUCCCGUCACGAAAGUCGGUACGAAUAGUAUCGUUGUUGCAUUGGGAAAUAUCGUCAAACUUAUCACUGUCGGUCACGAACGUUAUGAUCGCGUUGGUAAUGAAUCUGAUGAAACCUUCGUAGGCAUGGCACCUGUUGCGAAUAGGAGGAAGCGACCUGUUCUUACUCGAAAGAGAACAGACUGA